AUGGAAUCCUAUAAUUUUGACCCUACCAAAUUCGAUUUGGAUCCCGAAUUUAAAAACUCAAAGUGCUUAAACCUUUGUGAGCUUCACUUAAUUCUUGGUGAUCAGCUCAGACUCCAUCAUAACAGGAACGAUACAGCAGUACAAUUCAUUAAAACAUCUCACGAAUACGCCAGUCGGUUUGCUAUUCUAAAGUGCCGUAACGCCAUCGUUGACAUUAGAACAACAAUAGAGCGCGACGGACUACUCCACGAGUUUGAAAUGGCAAGUUUGGUAAAUUUGUUACCCAAAUCCGCUGACGAGGCUAAAUCACUCAUCCCCUCACUAUGCAGAAUCCCCGAUGACAAGAUAAAUAAAAUCUUGGAACUACUCGAAAGUUACAGAAUACAGUCUUAA